GGCCAUCAGAAUGGUGUGCCGUCAACUCUUGGCCAGGGCCUGCCAAAGGUGUGUCCCUUAGCCCUUCUUUGCACCCAGCUCGUCUCACGCUUCUUCCUCGGUAAUGUAAAAGUUUCCUCUCUCCCUGUAUAGCUUGUGGGAAGUACUGCUCACUGAAGCCUUACUAUGAAGUACUCUCUCGUCAUUUCCUUCCUACAAAAAUUACCUGUCUUUUGAGAGCCAUGGGUGUGUGACUGGGAAGGGUAAAGUACAUUUCUCUUUAGAGGUAAUCGAUUACCAAUAAUACAAUCACAUGUGACAAGAACUAUCAAAAGGGUCUCCAGUGUCUCCUCUGAAUACAACCCUGAGAACCGUUCUGGACAUAUCAGCCGGUUUUGCUCUAUGGCACGAGGUGGACUCUGGCCUGUCCCUACAGACAGAAUGCCAUGAUUUACUGAGUAAAGGAAGGUUAGAGCAGCACAGUAGUAGCAGAGAGGGCUGAAACCAAGAGCAGGGUAAUUGAAGGUCAUCUGCAAGCUGAUCAAGGACCCUACCUGUACCCAAGAAGGUCCCUGCUAACUCAACUCACCCCAUUCACCAAGGGCAAUGAACUCACAAGGACAUCAACAAAGACCUGCUGAGCAGUCAACCACUCUCUUGGAUAGGAGCAAAGCAUGGGAGGGCGCCCAUGGGCGCGCCCUUCUGUAGAAAGUGAACCAGUUCACAGUACUACACUCUAUAGCUUCCUCCCUUUACAGCCCUGCUAAAAACCAAAACAAACAUGCAACAGGGUGCCAGGCGAGGCGGCUCUCCCCAGGAUGCUGCCUUCAGUAGAGGCUCUGUCUAUAACAGGGAGUGUGAGGGAGCAAAGUCACCCCAGGAGGCCUGCUGCAGUUCAGCUCCAUUCCUGAGCCCCCCACAGGUCGAGAUUUACACUAUAUAACUAAGCCAUCAGUGCCAGGAGAUUCAUCGUGGUCCUGCUCUGACUAGGAGCAGUGAGCUAGGUAAAGCAUAAAGGGCUGCCUGGGGACUCAUAUGCUUGCCUCUCGGGAGGAAAGUAGAGGACGGUGACCCUGGCUCCAGACUCCCUGGGCUGCAAAGACAUUUGCAAUCCAGAUAGGCAUACCUCUAAGAGCUGAGGUUUACAGGGACUGUCUGGCACUCUAGUGCAAAUGAAAUAGUCUAUUCCCCAGCAGGGAAAGGCAAGAGGCUGGGCUGCCCUGUGGCCACCACUGUUUUCUUCUUUCCUUUUCACAGAAAAUGGUUUUCCCUGCUAUAGCACUGGCUAAUAAGAGAAGACUUCACACAUCCAUUGAUUAAGACCAUGCUUCAGUUGUCUCACUGAAAGGUGGCUGUCCCUGUUUCUUCAGAGGCUUGUGCUGAACCCGGAAUGAGACCCAAUUCUGUCAUCAGCCAGCUCUAUGACCUGGUCAGACUAGUGUGGUUCCCUGUGACUGGGCAGGCACAUCUUGCUCACCUGCUCUGCUUUUCCACAGGCUACAAUGUGUCAACAUACUCCAAACUCACAUGCUCUGCUUUUCCACGGGCUACAAUGUGUCAACAUACCCCAAACUCUCCUCCUACCGACAGAGACCAUGACACCGGAUUUUUCCCAUUUUUAAUCGAGGCCCCAGAUCAUACCUUCCAAAUUCCAGAUUGAAGAAUUUGUGACUUUUUCUUCAAAAAUUUAAAAACAUAUUUCAGUGCUUGCCUGCAUGGAUGUCUGUGCACCACAGAGCUCAGAAGAUGCUGUCAGAUCACCUGGAACUGGAAUAGACUGUUGUGAGCUGCCAUGUGGGUGCUGGGAAUGAAUUCGGGUCCCCUGGGAGAACUUCAAUUGUUUUUAACAUCUGAACCAUCUCCAGACUUUUAGUUGUUGGGUUCAGGGUGGAAGCCAAGAAAACUCCAUUCAGAAACAGAAGCUUAAAAAUGAAAACUUUAUUUUCUGAGUGGUCAGUGAUGCGGACAGCUCUAGAUCUGAAUCGCAUCUCUGAAGGAAGAUUGUACAUUUUUAAAAGAUGGGAACUGCAAUGUUUUUCAAUUGUAUUUUGAUGUUAAGUGUUAAGCAAGGGAGGACCUGUUGGAGACUAGGUCAUAUCCAGGGCACCAGGCUUCAAGGUCCUUAAUUCCUUCUCCUAGACCUUAGGUCCUGAGCUCAGAGUGACAAGGGGACAAAGGAGUGGGCCAGCUGAAUGUAGUUAAUCAAGGCAUAACAGAGAAGUGGUUAUAUAUGUUUUACAACUUAUGCACCUUGGUUUAGAUAACAACAAGUUCUACAUUCUUUACCAGUUAAAAGACAAUUAAGAAAGUGGGAUAGGUGUUCAUUCCUAGGCCUGGGAAUAUGAACUUGUUUGACCCUGCCAGCAAGAUAGAGAAGUUGUCAUUGAGAUAACUGGACUCUCCUUACAAGUUGUAUCUGAGAUAUCCAGACUCACUGUUUACAACAGAAGCUGUUCAGCUCUAGAGAAGUCCCCAGCUCCCCUAGGGCCCAGGAACUUGAAUUUAGUUUCUCUCUGUGCUUAAAAGGAGUCUGAAAAUGAAAUGGUAUUACUUAAAAUAAGUUUCUUCUGCUUGUUCCCAACAUAGUGACAUUUUCCAUCCUUCUUUAUUUCCCAUUUUUGACCAAAAUCUUCUUAAAGGUUCAAGGUCUCAUAUCCCUAAAAAGGUUCAUUUUCAGUGGUCAUGCCCCACAGGAAAGAGGAGACUUCGGUUAGAAGGCCAGGAUCAAAUGUGUGGGUGGCAACAGACACGUAGGUGGCUGAAGUCAUAAACCUGUCCAGGGUUGAAAAUGGAGGAAGAUUUUUGCCAUCUGUUAGGAUCUGGUAAAAGUUAGGACCAAUUAGAAUUGAGCGCCACCUUGUAGGGUUUUGGUGGAUGAGGACGUCAAUCGGAAACACUUUCUGAGGAUGGUUUGUAUAUAGCCCUCUGUUUCUUCAAAAAGUCCGGUCAAAUUUUAUCCUGGGGAAUUUAAGCCAAUGGGUUUAGGAUAAACCAAAGGUCUCAAUUAAACAUUGCUUCCGGGGUUGGGGAUUUAGCUCAGUGGUAGAGCGCUUGCCUAGGAAGCGCAAGGCCCUGGGUUCGGUCCCCAGCUCCGAAAAAAAGAACCAAAAAAAAAAAAAAAAAAUUGCUUCCAUUGGUUCGUUGUCUUCUUCAUUCAGUCUAAUUUUGACUGGCAUGCGUUUUAUAAAACUAUCAGGUUGUUCAUUAACGAUUUGGGAAGCCUUACAGAGUCUAAUAGUGUUCAUUCAACAGUUACUUUAAAAUCUUUACUAAGACAAGCAGAGCCAGGAAGAGCAGCCCUGCAGACUAAAGAGGCAAAGCUUCUUAGAUGAGCCUGAGGCAGCCAUGAUACUUCCGGUUCCUGUUUUCCGGUUCCUGGACGUCUGGUGGAUGGGAUACUUCCGGUCUUUCUCCGGAGGGCAUGGAGUCAUCCUGGUCUUCACUGGGGGGCAGCCUGGGCUCUGCAGACCCGCAGCUGCAGCGUUUCAUGGAAGCAGAGGUGCAGAAGCAGCGGGUGCAGUUGCUCAUCCACCACAUGACGGAGCUCUGCUGGGAGAAGUGCAUGGACAAGCCCGGGCCCAAGCUGGACAGCCGAGCCGAGCUCUGCUUGGUGAACUGCGUCGAGCGCUUCAUCGAUACGAGCCAGUUCAUUUUGAAUCGACUGGAGCACACCCACAAGGCCAAACCGUUCUUCUCACAAAACCUUUCUGACUGAUCUUAACGUUUCCCUCUUUGAAAAAGGAAGGGCUUCAGAGGCCGUGCCAGUGCAAGACUGAUGAGAAAAUCCCGAAAUCAUCUGUGCCUGAAGGAAAACAACACACCUGGAGAGGAUGGAGUCGGGAGACGCCGAUCUCUGCCAAGUCACCGUGCACAAGAGCCUCUUCCACGGGGGAUGGAGACAGGGCUCAGCAGUGAAGAGACUUGUUACUCAACCGUUCUUACCCCAGUCAGUUCUGGCUGAUUCAACACCCUCUCCUGACCUCUGGGGCAUUCCAGUCACAUGGCACACUUACAUUCACAUAACAUCGUGGAAAGACGGCUCCGUGAGGAAGAGUACCGCUUGCCCUUCCAGAGGACCCACAUUAAUUCCCCAGCAACCACACGGUGUCUCACAGCAUCUAUAACUCCAGUUCCAGGGGAUCCGACACGUUCUCCCCUCCUCUGGCAUCCACAGGCACUGCACGCACAUGGUGAGCAGACAUGCGUGCAGGUAAAAUAUCCGUGCACACAAAAUACAAAUGAAGGUGAAAACACUGAACAUAUAAAAUAAAUAUUUGAAGAAAGGAA